CGUCCUUACUUUGCUGCUCCCCGGUGUCCCUGUUCAAAGUACGCUGGCUACACACUCCAAAGUGAUGUUUUCUGCUUCACAUUGACAUUUUGGUUAUCAGGUCUUUCCACAUGGCAGGGCCCGUGCCACCACAGUGCUAUUAUGUCGGGGUGGAUGUGGGCACUGCCAGUGUGAGGGCGGCUCUGGUGACCCGGGACGGGCAGCUGAGAUGCACUGCAGAGGAGCCCAUCAGCAUCUGGGAGCCCCAGGCUGACCACUAUGUCCAAUCCUCCUCAGAGAUCUGGGACAGAUGCUGCACUGUUGUCAAGAGAGUUACCCAGGGUGUGGAGAAGAGUCAGGUCCGGGGGAUCGGCUUUGACGCCACUUGCUCUCUAGUGGUUUUGGACCAGAACUUCCAUCCUGUGCCCGUCAACCAGAAUGGUGAGAGACAGAGGAAUGUGGUGAUGUGGAUGGACCAUCGUGCUGCAGAGCAGGCUGCUCGUAUAACCAGCGCAGGCCACAGGGUGCUGCGCAGGGUGGGAGGGGUCAUGUCACCAGAGAUGCAGCCCCCUAAGCUGCUCUGGCUCAAAGAGAACCUGAGGGAAAGCAGCUGGAAGGAAGCCGCACACUUUUUUGACCUCCCCGACUUCCUGUCUUGGAAGGCAACAAACUCUUUGACGAGGUCUUUAUGUACUCUGGUGUGUAAGUGGACUUACUGCCCUCCAGACGGAUGGGAUGACAGUUUUUGGACUGCCAUUGGACUGGAAGACCUCUUGCAAAACAAUUAUUCCAAAAUAGGCAGUCUGACUUGUCCUCCUGGGACCUCGCUGGGCCAGGGCCUCACACAGGAGGCAGCAGCUGAUUUGGGUUUGGAUCCAGGAACUGCAGUUGGUGCUUCCCUCAUUGAUGCUCAUGCUGGAGGACUAGGUGUGAUUGGUGCAGAUGUCAGAGGCUUCCACCUGCCCUGCGAGGACCAGCCCAUCACCUCACGCAUGGCGAUGAUCUGCGGGACGUCGUCCUGUCACAUGGCAAUCAGCCAGCAGCCUCUGUUUGUCCCAGGCGUGUGGGGACCCUACCUGUCCGCCAUGGUGCCUGGCAUGUGGCUGAAUGAGGGAGGCCAAAGUGCAACAGGAAGGCUGAUUGACCACAUGGUGAAGGGUCACGCAGCUUACACCCAGCUCCAGGAACAAGCACAGCAAAGUUGUGGAUCCAGAUUUCCCAGUCCGGGUGAGAACAUCUACACCUUUCUCAACACCCACCUGUGUUCAAUGGCUAAGGCUGAUUCUGCUGUUGACCUGCUGGGCUCCAGUCUUCACCUGUGGCCGGACUUCCAUGGCAACAGGUCUCCUCUGGCUGACCCAACUUUGAAGGGCAUGGUGAUCGGACUGUCGCUGUCCCAAACCCUAGAUGACCUCGCCCUGCUCUAUCUGGCCACCGUCCAGGCGCUUGCUCUCGGUACUCGUCAUAUUCUGGAGGCCAUGAGGGAGACAGGACAUGACAUCACAACCCUCUUCCUGUGUGGAGGACUGAGCAAAAAUCCCCUGUUUGUGCAAAUUCAUGCCAAUGCCACAGGGCUGCCUGUGGUGUUGCCUGACCAGACAGAGGCUGUGUUAGUGGGAGCAGCAGUCCUGGGUGCCUGUGCGUCACAGGACUACAGCACUAUACAGGAGGCAAUGGAGAAAAUGGCUAAGGUGGGAAAGGUUGUUCAGCCUGAUCAUGAACUCCAGAGCUUCUAUGAGAGAAAGUACCAGGUAUUCCUGCGGCUCUUUGCCCACCAGAGGGAGUACCAGGCCCUCAUGGAUCACAGAUGACACCCUGGUGGGGGGUUGAGGGCAGCCCGGCAGGAUCUGAGUUUCCCUGACGUAACAGUGAUGACGAGUCCACACAUCGCAAACCAGGACAAUAACAAGUGGGAAAUGUACACUUUGGUGCCACCUGUGAUAUCAACAGUCGAGUUUUUUUCUUAAUAACCAGGACUUGCUUUAACUGAAUGUCUGUCAGGGAGGAUAAUUGAUUCUGAAUAUCUGAUCAGUAGCAGAUUUCAGACACACAGAAAAGACCCCUGAGGAGGCCGAGCUCUAGGAAGGAAGUUGUGGCAUUCUGUUCACCAGAGCUGUCUGUCCUUUAGAUGCACCACCACAGUGUUGCCUAAAGAUAGUGAGGAAGUUACAGCAGUGAAUGCAGUUACACCUCCUGUUUGACUGGUUUGUUUUAAGACCAACUACAGUUGGUCUUAAAACAAACUUUUAAGUAACUGUGCUAAGUAACUGUGUUACUUAGCUGCAGCCCCUUCGGUCCAUCAAAAGUCAAAUGCCAUCAAAUGAUGUCAUCUUAAAAUGUAUCUCUAAUAAAUGAUUUAAUU